GAGGAUGGCAGCUCGGCGUGCACUGAAAGCUGUCUUGGUGGAUCUCAACGGCACACUUCACAUUGAAGACUCAGCUGUGCCAGGCGCUCAGGAAGCUCUUAAAAGGCUGCGUAGUGCUCCGGUUACCAUUCGAUUUGUGACGAACACAACGAAGGAGUGCAAGAGAGAGCUGCUGGAGAGGCUGACGAAACUGGGCUUUGACAUUGCAGAAAAUGAGAUCUUCACAUCUCUGACUGCAGCCAGGAACCUUCUGGAACAGAAGCAAGUGCGGCCACUCCUCCUGGUGGAUGAUAAGGCCCUGCCUGAUUUCACAGGGAUAGCCACUAAUGACCCCAACGCGGUGGUGAUAGGACUGGCUCCAGAGCACUUUCACUAUGAGAUGAUGAACAAAGCAUUUCGGCUGAUUUUGGAUGGGGCUCCUCUUAUAGCUAUACAUAAGGCCAGGUAUUUCAAGAAAAAAGACGGCUUGGCUCUGGGGCCUGGACCUUUUAUAACUGGGCUGGAAUACGCGACGGACACCAAAGCAACUGUGGUGGGGAAGCCAGAGAAAACCUUCUUCCUGGAAGCUCUGCGGGGAACUGGCUGCACCCCAGAGGAUGCUGUCAUGAUCGGUGAUGACUGCAGGGAUGAUGUUGGAGGUGCUCAGAAGGCGGGUAUGCUUGGGAUUUUGGUACAGACUGGUAAAUAUCGACCAGCAGAUGAAGACAAAAUCAAUCCAGCUCCUUACUUAACCUGUGAGAGUUUCCCAGAGGCCGUGGAACAUAUCCUGGAGUGCCUGCUAUGAGAAGCAGGGGGGUGCUAUGAGGAAGGGAACAGUUAGUUUGAAGAAACAUCUCUUUCACAUAAUUUCCUUUACUCUUGCUUCAUAAAAUUGUCACAGGAUCAAUGCAUGCCUUUCAUCAGAAAACUAGCUGUGCGCUCCUUCCACUCUCAUUGUGAAAGGGCAGACGAUCCACAAAGCCCUUCUCCUGUAGUAGUUUCAGGAGGAUGUGAUAAGGGACUGUGGACACUCACAGGGGAGACAGGCUGCAGCCUCCUGAAUGACAUGGGGAGCACUGCAGAGAGUUCUGUUUAUUUUCAGUUUUCAAGAAAUAACUGAUGAAAAGCCCUGUCUGGAAAGUGUCAUGGUUCUGCUGCUGAAUGAGCUAAACUGAACUCCCCCUCACUGGAAGUACUCAUGUAAAUAAACCCCAAAGACUAACAGAGCCUCAGUCAGCCUGUAUUGAUUUCACUGAGGAUGUCCCUGCUCUGCUCUAAUUUAAAGGUGGAGCUUAUGCACGUUUAGAAGUGACUUGAAAAUAUCACCAUUGUUUAAUAAUAAUUACUGUUGAUAUCUUUCCUCUCAUUAAGAACAGAUCCUGGGUUUUUUGUUUUGGAAAUUUGCCGUAAAAUUAAAAACUGUCAGCAUUUUACAGAUGUUUUAAUUAGAUGCUGUUAUUAAAAAGAAUGAUACUGAAACAAAACCCUGGUAUUAAAUGCC